AUGGCUGAAGUCAUCAUCAGCCCUCCCGACUCCCCGGCGGAGAGAGUGCGAGACGUUACUCAGUAUCUCUAUCCGGACCUCCUGCUUCUGGCUUUUAUCGCCAUCGGCGCCACUCAUUCCGUCUACACCGCUAUGCGUAAGGAAGAUGUAGUCGUGCCUACUGUCACAGGUCCUGGCGGCAAGCCGUUGCCCGUCACUAAGAGGAGAAGGUCUGAAGAUGAUGCGACAGAAACCGAUUUCACUCCUCACGCCAGGAGGUUCUUCCAAUGCUCCAUGAUCUUGGCGACAUUGACAUUUCUUGCUACCGGUGGUGCAAUUGCCGCGCGCGCUCUAAUUCACAGGAGCGCAGAUGGCCAACAUGGAUGGUGGUGCGGCGAGCCGAAAACCGUCUUUGUCCUUGGUUCGGCCUUUCUUUACGUCUACUUGACGUUGACUAUGUUCGACUGGAAAAGUAGCCCGAGCUUGGUCCAUAUCCUAACGUGGAGCUUCGCGCUUUGUGGUGAGGUUAUCAUCUUUGUCUGCGACGCAAUCAUUCUGUCUCGCCCCCACAAAGUCAUGACCAAUCUCAAUCGCGAUAAGUAUGUGAUUGUGGACGAGGUAGACAAGUGGGACAUAAUUGAUCUCGGCCUGUCUGCGGGCCGGAUCGCUCUUCUUACAGGCAUGAUAGUAGUGUAUUCUACUAUCGUAUUGCUGAGAAGUCGGGCCGAGCUAGAGAAGUAUGAGCAGGGACAAGAAUACGACUAUGAAGCUGACGAAGCCACCCCUCUACUUAAUGGCGAAGCAAACGGCUAUCGCACAAACGGUCAUUCUCCCCAUCCGGGCGCCAACGGUUCCGCCACCGCCAACACUGACGGUGCUGCCGAUGCGAGCCAUCCCAUGGUCGACGAGGAUGCCGGGUUUUAUCGACCGGAGAAGCUACCGCAUACCACUUGGUUUGAGUAUCUGCGGGGUUAUUCCGUCUUCUUCCCGUAUAUGUGGCCUAAUAAGCAAUUUCGGCUGCAAAUCAUUGUUGUGGUUUGCUUCUUCCUGCUGGCCCUGCAGCGAUGGGUGAAUAUCAUGGUUCCCUACCAAAUUGGUAUCGUCACAAAUCAGCUCUCCGGAGACGAUCUCGAGAAGGGAGAGCCGCUCAUCAUGCCUUGGGUCUCGCUCGGACUGCUCAUCCUGUACAAGCUACUCCAAGGACCGUCCGGGCUCUUAGGGUCUCUCAGGUCGCUGUUGUGGAUCCCCGUUUCCCAGCACACGUACCGAGCUCUCACUACGUCGGCGUUUGAGCAUGUUCAUUCCCUGAGCCUUGACUUCCACCUGGGCAAGAGGACUGGAGAGGUGCUCUCCGCGUUGAACAAAGGUUCCUCGGUCAAUGCUUUCCUCGAACAGGUCACGUUCCAGGUCUUUCCGAUGCUCAUCGACUUGUUUGUAGCUAUCAGCUAUUUCUACGUCAGAUUUGAUGCCGUUUACGCCGUCAUCGUUUGCUCAAUUACAUUCUAUUAUCUGUUUUUGACAAUAAGAAUGGCCUCCAAGACCGCAGAUCAAAGACGAGCGAUGUCUAAUGCGGACAGAGAAGAAGAAGCGGUUAAGAACGACUCGAUCAUCUCAUAUGAGACGGUUAAGUAUUUCAAUGCGGAAGACUUCGAAUUCAAUCGCUACAGGGAAGCUAUUCAGAAUUUUCAAGCUGCGGAGGCUAGAGUCACGUGGAGCAUAAGCACGAUGAAUAUCUGCCAGUCAUUGGUUUUCAUGAUCGGGAUGUUGGUUGCUAUGAUGCUUGGCGCGUACCAAGUAACGAUGGGUAGCCGCAAAGUGGGAGACUUCGUUACUUUGAUGACCUAUUUAGGCCAGCUGCAGGGUCCGCUCAACUUUUUCGGAACCUUCUACCGCACCGUACAGCAAGCUAUGAUAUCUGGAGAGCGGCUAUUGGAACUGUUUAAGCAGCGCCCUACCGUCGUUGACCGCCCUGGCGCCGCCAAUGUUACCUCGUGCGAAGGUCGUGUCGAAUUCUCUAAGGUCAAAUUCGCAUACGACAAAAGAAAGCCGGCACUGAGGAACUUGACGUUCACGUGCGAACCUGGCACGACUACGGCACUUGUCGGCGAAUCAGGCGGCGGCAAGUCCACUCUAUUCCGAUUGAUGUAUCGCUACUUCAACUGUCAAGAGGGGAACAUCAGGAUCGAUGGCCGCGACAUCAAGGAUGUCACGAUUGAUUCUGUUCGACGCUACAUAGGAGUAGUGCCGCAAGAUACGGUCCUGUUUAACGACACGCUCAUGUAUAACCUGCGAUAUGCCAACCAGAAUGCGACUGACGACGACAUCAUGGCGGCUUGCCAAGCUGCCAGCAUUCACGAGAGGAUUAUGUCAUUCCCGGAUGGUUAUAACACUAAGGUGGGCGAGCGUGGCCUACGCUUGAGUGGCGGUGAGAAGCAAAGGGUGGCCAUUGCGCGGACGCUACUCAAGAAUCCUAAGAUCAUCAUGCUGGACGAGGCCACCUCGGCACUUGACAGCCACACGGAACAGCAGAUUCAGUCCCGACUCGCCAAUAUCGGCCGUGGACGUACACUACUAAUCAUUGCGUAA